AUUCAGACAGUCACCGUGACCAUGGGCCCCAACAGAAUGAGCUGAGAAGUGUGAGAUUCUGUGUCUCUAUCUCUGUCUGUGUGUGUGUGUGUUUGUGUGUGUGUUGAACCAACCCAGUUGUCAAACUAGGGGAAUAUGGCCCCGCGUCGUAGCUGCAAACUCGGAUGGAUACAACCUCACAACGGUGGACAUCUUUCCCGUGCAAGUUCCUGCGUCGUUCCUGCGCAACUGUGCAUCACAUCCUGGGUGACACUGCUUUGGCAACUCCAAGUUUCCCAUUUAAGAAAGCUCUGGAUGUGAUCCAUGGAGAACUGGCAGAGCACUUGUCGAUGUGCACAGUCCAGACCAGACCGAGAGAGAUAGAAAGUGGCAGGUGCUGUUGAGUUUGAGCAGAGUUGGGUGAGGAAGUGGGUGCAGGAGGAGAAGGUAGAGCGGAAAGAGUGAGGAGGAGGGAGGGAGGGGGUAAUUAUCACAAGCUAGCAAUUGCUUGAAUCCUUUUGGGUUAUUUUUGCAACAUGGGGAGCUUGGGUGGGGAGUCAGUGGUUGUGAAUCCAGAGUUGAAUGGAGAAGCCAAAGUUGUGACUGAUGUGCAAUCGGGUGGCGCAAGUCUCAAGCAGGGAGAAGGAAAAGAUGAUGCCCCUAAGAUUCACUAUUUUGCGAGACCCAAUUCUACCACUCUUAGUACCGUUGUUGUUAUAUUUUUGUACCAUAUGCUGCCAUUCACCGCUCUUCCCAACAUCGGCCUGUUGUAUUUCCCCUUUUCCCUGUACAAGCGAUCGGAGUACGUGAAGUUGACGCUCUACUUGGGCUUAAUGCUUGUUCUUGUUGUCAUGCCGCCUCAUUACUCGAAGACUCUGCGAAGGAAGGUUCGAUGGUUGUAUGAAGAAUUGGCUGUUUAUCUGCCGAGUGCGAAAUUCGUUAUUGUUCCCCAGGAGCCUCUGCCUCAAGGAAAGGGAUACAUCUUCGCAAUCCACCCGCAUGGUCGCAUGUUUUAUUCCAACGCCAUGUUUUCGCAAUUGCAUGAGAUUUGGAGAGCGCCUCUCGGGCUCACCCACGGGGAUUUGUUCCAAACUGCUGCGGGAGGGUUUUUUAAUGUGCCGAUUGCAAGGAAUUGGUUCUACAGCAUUGGGGUAAUGCCAGUCACCAAGAAGAAUAUCGUAACUAAGCUAAGGAACAAGGACCAUGUAACCAUUGCAGUUGGAGGAGUGAGAGAGGUAUGUUUGGGUACCGACAACGAAGCUGAUUCUCUGUACCUGAAGAACAGGAGAGGGUUUCUUCGGAUUGCUAUGGACGAAGGUGCCGGUGUAGUGCCUGUUUAUGCCUUCAAUGAAAACCAGCUGUUCAAGCAUGAUCCCAAAGCUGUUCUGAACUUCUGGCAAUGCGUUAACAAGUAUGUGAAGAUUGGUGUUCCAUUUAUGCGAGGAAUCUGGAACUUGCCCAUGCCAUAUCGCAAGGAAAUUCUUCUAGUUUUCGGCGAUGCUUUGUUUGCCGAGGAAGGGGAAAGCAUUGAGGACUUCCAUGGGCGAUACAUAGACAACUUGAGGCAGCUGUUCGAUAAGUAUGUGAAGUACUCGCCAGAUCCAAACCACAAGCUAAUCAUCUGUUGAGUAGAAUUGCACACUUGAAAUGCAAAUUCUUAUUCCUUUUUCUGAAGUUAUUGUGAAGACAAGUUGCUGUGAGCAGAGAGUCUAGUUGUUAGAACAUUCAUUUAACCAUAAAGUGCCACAACCCAUUGUCACAAAUUCUUUGAUUUUUGAUUUUUUGAUUUUUUCCUGGUUUUGCAACUGACGAGCCAAAACUGGCAGACUCAUUUGGAUGUGAACCCAUUGUGAUAACUUGAUGUAAUUGCAUUACUUGAUACAUUGUGGACAUUUCGCAGCCCUGAAAAUAUUAUUAGGCAUGACGACCUAUCGUGUGUUU